UUUUCUCCGUCUCUUCAGUACUUACUCAGACGCCGCAUCGUGUACUUCGCUCUUUUACCGCUCAUUACAUUUAUUUAACAAAUAGUCUUAUCGGUAACUGUUAUUGUGCAGCUAUUUCACUCAUUCACACCCUUUGAAACACUUUCUGCGAUAUGUGAACAAUGGAAUGUGAACCGCCGGAAUAUUUUUACUCCCACAGUUAUUCUCGUUUCCAUUUUUUAAUGGUUUUUCACUGAACUUUAUCGUUUUUACAACAGAUUUCAUGAGAUGCAGCAGUAAUGAAUGCCCAUGUGGUGGUUGAAUUUCUCCUGGUAUGGAUGGGCCUGUCUUUAACGGUACCUGGGGAGCUCCUAGCACUUGGAUACCAAACGGGUGGACUCCUGCUAUCAGAUCGUGAUCCAAAGCCAAGGAGAUGUCAGUACAGCAAAAUAUCGGGGAUGCUUCAGGCCAAGUGCGCAGAAUUGAAUCUCAAUGAAUUCCCCAAGAAUCUACGGACGGACAUUGAGAUAUUGGAUUUUUCAGUGAAUCGAAUGCGAGACCUAAACAACAAGACUCUGGCUCCGUACACGAGUCUCUCCUUUCUCUACCUGAUGGACAACUUCAUCCAGACCAUCGAGGAAGGUGCCUUCUCACAACUAACAAACAUACAAGUUAUAAAUCUCAAUACAAAUGGUAUCGGCGAAUUUCCUAAUAGUAUAUUCAGCCUUCCAAGUUUAAAACGGUUCUACCUAGCAGCGAACAGAAUCAGAGAUGAGUCUGUAAGACCCACUGGUCUUGCUGAGAAUUCGAAUUUAGAAUUACUAGAUUUAUCGGGGAAUCAAUUAACUUCACUGCCACAUUUGGGUAUUCUGCCACGGCUUAAGUACUUGAAUAUGUCUGGAAAUUCAAUCAGACAACUGAAACCUGAUGACGUUGCCAUCUUCUGCUCCCUCGAGAGUCUGGACAUCACGAACAAUCCCUUAAUCCUGGAUGACUGCAGUUGCCAUGCCCUCAGUGAGUGGAUUGCAAUUAGAAAUAUUAAAUUGUAUCCAGAUAAACUUCAAUGCACGACUGAUCGUAAAAGAUGUACUUAUCGUCCUGAUAAUCCAAUCACCUCUAAUGAUACCGUCAAAUUAUUCGAUAGUUGUAAAUAUGUUUUAAAAACUAGUGAAGAAUUGGCAAAGGCUCGAUCAACCUGGAUCCUCGUUGGGUCUAGUGUAUCAGUUUUUCUCGUUGUAUUAUUUAUUUCAUUCUACUACAUCCAUAGACGCAAUAGACGUAAGAAAAUUCUUAAGAAGAAUAAUGAAAAAGGACAAUUAGCCGUUAAUCAUGCUAAUACUGAAUUACUUAAUGAUAAGAAUCGACAGGAUGAUGCGUGAAGUGUGAUUGCACCAGUGUUUUACAAAUGUUUAUAUAUUCUUUUAUCACUUAUUUGCCAUUUUUUAAAAUCCACAAGUGAAAUAUAAUUUCAGUGUUUAAUAAUUAGGAAUAGAGUCGAUGUAUUAUCCAAGUUUCAUUUAUUCUUAUAAAACCGAUACUCUGGUCCAAAUAUACAGUUUCAGAACAAA